GCCAAGUACAGACGUUAUCUUAUUCAAAACUGGUUGGAUGCAUAUGAAUUUGCACAAAUAAGUCAAACUCCUCCAAGCCCAGUUAAUAUAAAAGAAGCAAUUGAUUAUUGUGCAUUGGCGUGGAAUGAAGUUUCAGAUGAAACAAUUAGAAAUUGUUGGCAUAAGACUGGAAUUCUUCUAGUUGAAUUAGACAAUAAUGACUUACCAUUAGAUGACUAUCGCUAUGAUGAAUAUUAUAGUGAUCAAUUAGAAGUUCAUAAUUUAAUUGAACAGCUUCCUAUUAAUGUUAAUGAUGUUUUAUCAGCAUCAGAAUAUAUAAAGAUUGAUAAUGAAUUACCUACAACUGCAAUUUCAUCAAAUCAAGAAAUCAUUGCUGCACUUCAGGAAGAUAAAGAUGAUGAGAGUGAACCCCCAAUUCAAAUCUCACUUAAUACGGCAAUGGAAAGCUUGGAGAAUAUUAGAUUGUUUUAG